UCACACAGAAAUAUCUGACUUGGAAUUGCCUGUAUAUGUGCAUAAUCCUAUGUCUGCUUACAUCUAUUUUCAUCUUUUAGGAUUGUCCAUAAUUUUAGAGAUAAUGAGUGAAUAUAAGAAAAUAAUUCUUCUAAAGGGAUUGGAGCGUAUGGAAGACUACCACUUUAGGGUAAUCAAGCCCAUACUAAGAAGCAAACUAAAUCUAUCUAAAAAGAUGCAAGAUGAUUAUGACAGAAUUCAGAUUGCUGACUGGAUGGAGGAUACGUUCCCAAAAGAUGCAGGACUGGACACACUGAUGGAUGUGUGCCAAAGCAUCAAAGAACUGGAAGGCCUUGCCAAAACCCUUGAAGCAGAGAAGGCAAAAGUUCAGAAGCAAAAGAAAGGAAAAAAUAAAACUGCAUUGGGAAGAAGAAAGCAAGAUGAACCCAGUAGUUCCCAAUCUCUUUCCACCGGUAAUGAAUCAAACAAGAAAAAAAGAAAGAUGCCCACAAAAACCGAAGGUAGCAAGAAAAGGAAACUUACACAGGAGCAGACUCAGCUUCCAGAACCUUCAGUAAGAAACACACAGAAAGAUGAAGGUUGUCUCCAGACCUCUCAUAAGCCUCCACCGACACCAUUGUGCAGUUCCUCCAACAAGACACCAAGGACGGGAAACAUACCAAAGGAACCUGUUAAGGAAGAAGGUUACCAUCGAGAACCCAAAGAAGUGAUGGUUUUGAAAGUAACAGAACCAUUUACUUAUGAUUUGAUUGAUGACAAAAGGAUGUUCCAUGCCACAGUGGCGACUGAGAAUGAAUUCUUCAGAGUGAAGAUUUUUGACCCAGUGCUAAGGAAUAAGUUCAUUCCAAAUAAGAUUAUUGCCAUAUCAAAUUAUUUUGGCUUAAAUGGCUUUCUGGAAAUACACCAAGCUUCCUGUGUGUCUGAUGUAGACAAGAAGAGAACGAUGGCUAUCUCAAAUACACUGAGGCAAAGAGCCAAUACGACUCCUAAAAUUAGGGAUCUUUUCUCACAGGCACAGGGGACAUAUGUGAAUGGAGAGUUUGUGGUCUAUAAGAAAACUGAGAGGAAUCCCUUCAUUUACUAUGGAAUUGAAGAUGAUACAGGGAAAAUGGAAGUGGUGGUCCAUGGAAGACUGACCAAUAUAAAGUGUGAGCCAGGCCAAAAACUUUGACUCAUCUGUUUUGAAUUGUCCUCAAGCAAAGAUACAUGGCAGCUGAAGUCUGUAAGACACAGUAACAUGCAGUACUUACUAAGAUGUGAUCUACACCUGUCUGAAAGCAUUCAGAAUGAUUAUGACAGAAUUCAGAUUGCUGACCUGAUGGAGGAUACAUUCCCAAAAGAUGCUGGACUCGGCAAACUGAUAGGAUUUUGUCAAGAAAAUAGAGAUCUUCAAUACCUUGUUGAAGCUCUCAAAGCAGAGAAAGCAAAAGUGCAUGGGAAAAUCAAUGAAGAAAAAACAUUUUUCUUUCUGAAAAAGGAAGAACAAACUGCGGGAACUGAAAGUGGCAAAAAAAGGAAGCUUAACCAAGAGCAGACUCAGCCUCUAAAACCUUCAGGAAGCAACAAACAGAAAGAUGAAGAUUGUCUCCAGACUCCUGAGAAGCCUGCAACACCAUCCAGCAAUUCCUCCAACAAGAAACAGAAAACCACAAACAUUAAAAAACAGAGUACUCUAAAGACAGACGAUUCCCAGAAAAAACACCAGCUUCUGACAUUGUCAGCAACCAGCAAUGCCUCAGCUGCAAGGGAAGGCCAGACUCUUCAGGGGCUCGCGGCAACAGAUUCUAGCAGCCUCAACACUACACAGACAUCUCCAGAAACAUGUGACUCUUUAAAAACGGCUCAAGGCUCCCCAGAACCACCCUCACAAAGUUUUCUAAUAUCUCCAGUAUCAGACUCUAGCAUCCAUCUGAACUCUCCCAUGAAUCUAACACUAUCCAAUCUUGUCCAAACUCCUUUCGUCCCUUCAUCAACAGCAUCCAGUAAUGUCUGGGUCCCUAGUGUGUCUUCAGAAACGGUGUCCAAUUCUCUCAGUGCUCCUCAGAUGUCUCCAGUAUCAGGGUCCAUCCGAGCCCAGAACCUUUACCUACCUACAACAGCAGCAUUCAGUAGCAUACAGACUCUUCACAAUCCUCAAACAGGAUCUGGAAGUGCCCAAAGCCCUAGAGUACCUGCAACAUUAAAAAGCAAAGCCCAAGUCAUAAUGACGCCUCCAGCAACAGGAUCCAGCAGUUUUCAGGUGCCCCACACUCUUCCAGGAGCAGUGCCCGGAAAUGUCAGCACCACUCAGGUGCCUCAAAGAACAACAGGAAAUAGCAUUCAGACUCUUAACCCUGCUAGGGUAAAUGUACCCAGGAUCGUUCAGGUCCCAAGUCCCUUAGCAACAGUACCUCCUUAUUUCCUGACUUCUUUGCCAUCUCCAGCAAGAGCAUCUCGUUUUCUCCAGAUAUUUCCACUAAGAACAUCCAACAGUCUUCCGGAUCCUUGGGUGCCUAGACCAAUAGCGACAAGUAGAGUCCACACCACUCAAAUGCAUCCAGCAGCAACAUCCAGCUUCAACCAGGCUCCUCAUGCUCCUCCACAAACAAUGCCCAGAAGUGUGUGCCCCACUCAAGAUCAUCGAGGAGUAGCCUCUGGGACUGGUCAGGCUCUUCCCUGUCCUAAAGUAGAAGCACCUAGGUGUGCUCUGGCUCCCCAGAUGCUUUCAGCAACAACAUCUGAAAGUCUCCUAGCUCCACAAACAACAUCCAAAAGUCUCCUGGCUCCAAUGGUGUCUCCAGCAACUACCAGCAGCAGUUCAUGUGAGACACCAAGGAGGGGAAACAUACCAAAGGAACCUGCUAAGGAAGAAGGUUAUCAUCGAGAACCCAAGGAAGUGAUGGUUUUGAAAGUAACAAAACCAUUUACUUAUGAUUUGAUUCUUGACAAAAGGAUGUUCCAUGCCACAGUGGCGACUGAGAAUGAAUUCUACAGAGUGAAGAUUUUUGACCCAGUUUUAAAGAACAAGUUCAUUCCAAAUAAGAUUAUUGCCAUAUCAAAUUAUUUUGGCUCAAAUGGAUUUCUGGAAAUACACGAAAGUUCCUGUGUGUCUGAUGUAGACAAGAACAGAACCAUGGAUAUCUCAAAAACACUGAGGCAAAGAGCCAAUGCGACUCCUAAAAUUAGGGAUCUUUUCUCACAGGCACAGGGGACAUAUGUCAGUGGAAAGUUUAUGGUAUAUAAGAAAACUGAGAGGAAUUCCUGCAUUUACUAUGUAAUUGAAGAUGAUACAGGGAAAAUGGAAGUGGUGGUCCAUGGAAGACUGACCAAUAUAAAGUGUGAGCCAGGCCAAAAACUUCGACUCGUCUGUUUUGAAUUGUCCUCAAGCAAAGAUACAUGGCAGCUGAAGUCUGUAAGACACAGUAACAUGCAGGUUGUCAAUGUCAGAAAGAAAGUCCCUCAAGCCUGAUUCAGAUCUGAAAACCCGGAUGCCAAGGAUACUGUUUAUGGAGAUAAGAACCAAGUCCAGAAAAUAAAUGUAUAUAUGAACUGUUGCAAUACUAUAUCUAUGAAAGCCAGCUCUUUUUUGUGGUUUUCCAAGAUAGGAUUUCUCUGUUUAGUCAUUGUUGUCCUGAAAAUCACUUUGUAGACCAGGCUGGCCUUGAACUCAAGAUCUACCUGCCUCAGCCUUCUGAGUGCUGGGAUUAAAGGUCUGUGCCACCACCAUCAGACCUGUUCUAAAUUCUAGGAAAUGGUACUUUCUUAUAUUCUUUAUAAACUUUUGAUGAUCUAAGUUCCAUAUUUUUAUCAAUAACUUUUAUACUUGUUAAUCUAUAAGUUUUACAAAUAAAACUUAAAUAUAAACCACAUUUUCAAUAAAGCAGUGCUUUCUUGGGAAUAUCUCUCAGCCAUUUGAGAAUUGCUGUCAAAUCAAAAGUAUAGAAUACAUGCUUCACGUGUGAAGUUAAGGACAAAGCAUGUUAAAGAACAAGUAGACCACAUAUGCUCCAGAAAAACCAAGGCAUUAAUAGACACAGAAGAUUGAAUUCAGCCUUGAGUGCCAUUUCCAAAGCUAGUCUGCUGAGGACAGGAGAAGUCUUCAGGUCCUUUUUGUUCAAUGAAUUUGAGUGUUUCAUAGAGUUUAAUUAUUUGAGCAAAGAAUCCACAAAAGUGAGAUGUUUUAUGUGUGGGGAUUAUUUGCAACAGGACGGAAUCUCAACUCAAAUUCUAGAAUGAAAUAAUGUCACUGGAAACCUUGAGAUAAAAAUGAUGACGCUCUGUGAUAAAGGAAUUAAGAAAUUAGUCAGGAGUCCCAAAGAGGCCUUUCUGGAGUAUUGUUUACUUCUCUUACUGCUGUAAAAAUGGACUGACUGCUGCAGGAGCUCCUUCCACUCUUUUAAGAUACCAGCCCACUUGGGAGUGGUCUUUUUUGUUUUAAAAAGCAGCAGUAGCCCUGCUCUUCCUCUCUUGCCUCUGACUCCUAGACUCAGUUCCUGAUCGUGCAGAGGGCUGUUGUCUAGGAGAGUGAUCUCUAAGUUUUCACC